AUGGGCAUACUCCCACCCAAACUCCAAGAUCCAGGAGCACCUUUGAUUACAAUUCAAGUUGGUGAUUUUAAAAUGAAAAUGUCACUUUUGGAUAUUGGGGCGGGUGUGAGUAUCUUACCGGGUAUUUUGUAUGACCAAUAUGACUUUAGACCAAUGGAAAAAGUCGACACCACCUUGGUGAUGGCUGAUUUGUCACUCAAACUCCCUAGGGGAAUUGUCCAAGAUGUCAUAGUUAAAGUGGAGGAUUUUUACUACCCCGUAGACUUUUUGGUACUUGAUUUUGCACCAAGCGGUAAUGUUAGGCAACCCACCGUUAUCUUGGGUAGACCCUUUUUGGCCACCACUAAUGCAUUAAUUGAUUGUAGAAGGGGUAUGGUUGAAAUGACCUUUGGCAACCGUAAGAUUAGAUUGAAUGUUUUUGCUAGUGUUCCUAACCCCGUAGUUAGUGACGAAUGCUUUAUGGCGGACGUCAUUGAUGAGUGUAUUUCUCAUGAAAAUAAGGAGGAUACACGGGAGUCUUGUGCUUUGGUUGACAGGUUAAUUGCGGAGCAUAGUGAAACAGUGAAGAAGGAAGAGAAGGAUUGGGAGAUCAUGGCAAUUCAAGAAGGUAGACCACCAUGGACUCAUUUGGUGGAAAGUCUACCGGAUCAUAUUGAUACUCAUCUCAAGCCUUCCAUUGAAAGUCCACCACAAGUUGAGUUGAAAGAGCUCCCAUCUCAUUUGAAGUAUGCAUUUUUGGGAGAAAAUAAACUUUGCCGGUGA